AGAUUUGGUUCGUUUUGGAGGUUUCCCACUGUCCCGGUCAGGUUAGUCAAGGUUUGAAGUUGUGAACAGUUUCGGAAUUUGUGUGAGUUCUUUUCCGCUUCCGUGGAAGGGAGUAUGUGUGGACAGGUAGGGGGUUGUCCCUUGGGGUGAUUUAUGGGACGCAAGUAGUGUGAGACGUACCGGUCUUCAUUGGCACGUUUUUCUUGCGGGCUUAGCGCAAAUUAAAGUUGCACAGUGGAGUUUGCUUUUGCGGCAGCUCGGAUUAGGAUUUCAUCAACGGGUGUUCCAGGAUGUUGGAGAACCUUUUUUAAAAUAGUUUAUAUGGUUUUCCUGGGGGUUGAAAAAGCUAUAAAGUGAUGUAACUUUUGAAGCGCGCGUGUGUGAGUUUAGCUGCUUCCACGACGAGUGAUCUCCACAUACAUAAUCCUUUUCCCACUGAGACUCCAGUGGCAAUCAGCGAGUUUUAUGUAAUCGCCGCAAGUAGCAGUGCUAAGCGUGGAAGCAUACAGAGUAGAGACUCUGAGACUUUGCUGAAGAGCUGUGUGACCCACUGAAAGGAUCAACGGUUUUUCCCCUAGCAUUUUUAAAAUCGUGUCAUUGGCUUCCUUCUUUUGUUCUUCCAGUUUGCAGCGCCGAGAGUAAAACCGAUUCUUCCAGUGUAAAGCGACGUGCCUAAUAGUCAGUGUUUGAGGCAAGUGUUUUCUAGUGAAAAUUGUUUCUGCUUGAAGGAUGUUUUUUGAAUUUUAACAAAAGAGUGAAAAUCCAUUCUCAAAGCAAAGAAUUAGCCCAUUAGAGUAACGGGAAAAUUGGAAAAUAAAGUCAAUAUUUGCAAGUCAUUUACCAUUCAAAGGGGGGAAGCGUGAAUUAGAAAGAAGCCUGCACUAGUGGAAGUGGAAAGUGAAAUUAAAACAACACCAUCAAGAACCCUCCCUCCGAAGCACAAGCGAAGCAAAAGAACGACGGAACCAGCGAGAGAGCACCCACCAAAGUGGGACGUAUUGUCGACCCGGAAGUUUAUUGUUCCUGUUUGUUUUUUUUUUGUCCUCCGUGACUAGAGGCGGCAGAAGGUCUACAGCCGAUCGGACCACUCACUCUACGGGAUUCGUUGUUUGUGUGUAAAGGUUAGUUUCCUCUGAUUUAAAACCAUCUUCAACAUCCAACCAACCAAAAGGAGUCACAACUGUCCUUCCCUACAAUCAUAGCACAUUUAUCUCUUCCGAAGUAGAAUGGAACCUUCUACAUUAUGACAAUAACAGCAGCAACAGUAGUAACAGCAAAAACAACAAUACCAAUAGCAGCAGCAGCAUCGGCAGCGGCAGUGGCAAUAACAGCAACAAUUAAAGGACGAACGAACGGGUAACCGAAUCUGGUGGCUGCAACAUGAGCUCACGUCACGCCUUCUACACCGUAGAGGUGGGUGACACCAAGUUUACUAUUCUGAAGCGAUACCAGAACCUGAAACCGAUCGGAUCCGGUGCUCAAGGCAUUGUUUGUGCCGCAUAUGACACAAUCACACAGCAGAAUGUUGCCAUCAAAAAGCUAUCACGACCGUUCCAGAACGUCACACAUGCCAAACGAGCCUACAGGGAAUUUAAGCUUAUGAAAUUAGUCAAUCAUAAAAAUAUAAUCGGACUGUUGAAUGCAUUCACACCGCAGCGUACGCUCGAAGAGUUUCAGGAUGUCUAUCUCGUUAUGGAACUCAUGGAUGCCAAUCUGUGCCAGGUUAUCCAGAUGGACCUGGACCACGAGCGGAUGUCCUAUCUGCUCUAUCAGAUGCUGUGCGGCAUCAAGCAUCUACACUCGGCCGGAAUCAUCCACAGGGACUUGAAACCGUCAAACAUAGUGGUCAAGUCGGACUGCACGUUGAAAAUCCUGGACUUUGGACUGGCACGUACGGCCGGUACGACGUUCAUGAUGACACCGUACGUGGUGACGCGGUACUAUCGCGCACCGGAGGUCAUCCUCGGUAUGGGCUACAAGGAGAAUGUCGACAUCUGGUCCGUCGGGUGCAUCAUGGGCGAGAUGAUUCGUGGCGGGGUGCUGUUCCCCGGUACCGAUCAUAUUGAUCAGUGGAAUAAAAUCAUAGAGCAAUUGGGCACACCGUCGCCCUCGUUCAUGGCUCGGCUACAGCCGACGGUGCGGAACUACGUCGAAAACCGUCCACGGUAUACGGGAUACCCGUUCGAUCGGCUCUUCCCGGACGUACUGUUCCCGACCGAUUCGAACGAGCACAACCGUCUCAAGGCUAGUCAAGCGCGGGAUCUGCUCAGCAAGAUGCUAGUCGUCGAUCCCGAGCAUCGCAUCUCCGUCGAUCAGGCACUGGUGCACAGCUACAUCAACGUGUGGUACGACGAGAGCGAAGUCAAUGCGCCCGCUCCGGGACCAUACGAUCACAGCGUCGACGAACGGGAGCAUACCGUUGAGCAGUGGAAGGAACUCAUCUACCAGGAGGUCAUGGAGUACGAAGCCCGCAAUAACUUGGCUGACGGUGAAGGUACUCCGCGGUAGAAAUCGUCGGCUCAAUAAAACGAAUCGGGCCUGGUAUUCUUGGACUCGCACCAGGAAGAGGCCAGUAUGUGCGAAGAGCGCCUAGUAUGAUGCAAGAGAACCCGACCGCAUGACAGAUCUCCUCUCCUUCCCAUUGUUUACUGUUCCAAUAUAAAGCGGAAAUGAACCCUAUUCUGACAUUUAACAAUCGUGGCAUGCAGAAACACUUCCCGUGAUAAAAUUCGUGUGAAAGUGGAUAACCACAGAUAGAACAGCAUAACACGAUCCGUCACAAACGGAAGCGCAGUGACAUCCACAAAUUUUUCCUCUGAUAGCAGCAUCGAAACAAGACAGUUUCCGAUCACGUCAUCACCAAUCAUCAUUAGCGAAAAUAUAGAACGUUUUCAUCCUAGUCGGCACUGAAAGAAGAUAAAAACUGCAAAUCAUUACACAAAAAGAACGGUUUCGUUUCGUUCACCUUUUUUACUCGCCAGAAAUGGGGACAAGAAAGUCGUACCAAACAAGAAAAAUAAAGUAUUUGUGAGCAGAGAAAAGAUGAAAAUUGUGCGCUGUGAAGAUCAUUAACUAUAAACAUUAACGCAAAAGUAAAACACACAAAUCACUAGCAUGCGAUAGUUGGUUUGGCAAAUUAAAGAUUUGUAAAUAUUUAAUAUACACUCCUAAACAAACAUGAAUAAACGGCAUGACAUACCUAGAUUUAACUGUGACAGUUCGUUUGUACGUGAGUGAGUUUUGUGGAAGCAGAAUAUCUACUUAUAGGGCCAGAAAGGUAAUAAACAUUUCUGUGUGGCAGAAACCCAAGCAGUUAGUCAAAACGUGCAAUAAUUUUAUCCUCAAAUUACAACACAAAUACGCUUCCAUCAAGGAUUAUAGAGUCUGGUACUCCGGAAGUUAAAAUCAGCAUCAAACGACAGCUGCACACAGCAAAAUUCAUAGUCCGCUUUUAAUUGUUGAAGUAAAAACUAAGUAUAAAACACAGCUAAAAGCCGGCUAAAUUGUAAACCUUUUGCUAAAAUAGUCUAACGAUUGGAGGUAUAAUGUGUUCUAGAACUAGAACAAAUGUCUAUCAUCCUCACGUUUAUUGUGUUUGUGGUUGCUACUACAGGUUGCGUUUCUCUCCCACACGGGAAGAAGACAUAAGCAUGUGAUAUGGUAAGUAGCUUUGUUUUUAAUAAAUAAUUUAUCGAUGGAAUCAGUUUGCUAAUUACUUUACAUAUGAUGCUCAGGUUAAUACGCGGCUGACUAACAUUGUUUUAAUUUUGCUUUCACUUUAUUUCUUGUUCGCCGUCACGUGUCUGAACCACGGUACGUUAAACAUACGAGACUCUUUUGACCCGAUCCUUGAUCUAUACAUUAAUUUAGACAACACUGCCCUCUAUUCGAGUUAAGGUGAAACAAAGAAAAAGUAAAUCAUUUAAACCAAACAAGUGUUAAAAUGCACUAUCACACUCACACCCACAAACAAGUAGUAGUUCAAAAGUUAUAACAAAAAUCAACCUUCUAUUGCCAUCUCAAUUUGCCAUAUUCAUCCCGGAGAAAGAGAAAACGUACCCGCAAGUACUUAAAAAUCUAUUGGAAUCAUCCCUAGCAGACAUUUCUAAUCGAUACAAUUAUAGUAAUUUAAAAAAUAAUUAACAACUUUGUUGUAAUGAUUUGAAAAGUUAUUAAUACAAAUAUAGAGUAAACAAACAAUAAGUAAGGUAGACGAAAGAAUCAUGUACAUAAGUAAUGAUAUAAUACUAUAAAUACAACAAAAGCUAGAUGAAAAAGUCUAGAAAAGUAAAUCAUAUAGCAAUUAGUGCAGCCCAAAAAAACACGUUACAGUAAUCAAGAAAAUAAAACUUAGCUCUAAUCAUUUUUUGAUGAUUAGCUACACAACGCCCAGUUGCAACCCUAUGUUUCAUCGCAGAGUAAACCAAUGGUAGUCUUCGUUAGAAGAAGGCUCUAUGUGCGAUGAUUUUUUUUUUCUAGCAAAAGUUAUCUUGAACUAAGUAAUAAUUGAUAACGAGCACAGAAUACACAUCCAAUCUUCUACUAAAAGCUGAAAUAUUCCUGUUGAUAUAAAACAAAUCCAGAACAAAACAAACACUGACACUAGGAAGCAUUCGUUCAAUUUGUCAUUUCUAAGCAAAUAUUACUAGAAACCAAAAAAAAAAAAUAACAAGAUCACGAGUAAAUGAACAGUUUUACGAAUCCGCCCUUUUUAUAGAAUGAAACACAAAUGAUACAAGCAAAUGAAAAACAAAAAACAAAAAAUCAUACAAAAAUACUUCUUACCCUAACCAAGAGCUGCUAAUAUUCCUCCUUUUUCGAACGAGAAAAAAUCUAAAGAUCGUACUGUGUGAAUAUUGUUAAAAAGUCAUUUCGCGGUGAGUCAGUGCUGUGAAAUAUUAAAUAACGUAAUACUAUUGGACGAGAAAA